AGUGUGUAUGUGUGUGUCUGUACGUGUGCGUGCCUGCCUGCCUGCGUGCGUGCGCGCAUGUGUUUGUGUCUAAGCCCCGCCCACACGCUCUCUCCUCCCGUGACGUCUCAGGCAGAAUGUCGCCAAUAGCCUUCAGUUGUAGAAAUGGCAGCGCUGAGACAGGAGCAUCGGUAUGGGCUCUCCUGUGGCAAAAUCAACAAAAACACCCCGAACCAAACUCUCUACCACGUCAAACUCACUGACACCGCCAUCCGGACCCUCGAAGCCUACCAGAACCUGAAGGCAUCACUAUCAAAUCAGCCAGCGAUUUGCUUCAAGGGGAGCCAGGGGUACGUAAAGAUCCCGGCGCCGACCCCCGAAUCCCCUGAUGGAUUCAGAGUCUUCACGUUCUACCUGUCGAGCGACAGCAAAGACAAACCUCAGUCCAGCUUCGACUGCAUUCACCAGUAUGUCUCAGGGGAGGGCAGGGAUCACCUGGAGGGCCAGGGCAGCAUUCAGGACAAGAUCACAGUUUGUGCGACGGAUGACUCGUACCAGACGACCCGGGAGCGCAUGUCUCAGGUGGAGAAGGACAUCUGGAGCCGCUCAGCGAUUGAGAUCAAGCCGGGGCCAAGUAAGUACGUGAAGGUCCAAAGGAAGCAGGCUCCGGUAUCAGGCUCAGAUAGCAGCCACAAGCACUCCCCCAGCAACAAGAGGAGCCUGGUUGCCAGCCCUGUGGCUCACCGGCCUUUGAGGGAUCGCAUCAUUCAUCUACUGGCCUUAAAGCCCUACAGGAAACCCGAGCUGCUACUGUGGUUGGAGAGGGAGCGGGCCAGUCCAAAGGACAAGGCUGACUUGACCUCAGUGUUGGAUGAGGUUGGUAAACUAAACCCUAAAGACCACAGUUACUCUCUGAAGGAUGAGCUCUACAGACACGUGCAGAGAGACUGGCCAGGAUAUCUAGAAGAGGAGAAGCAACUCAUCCAUAGGCUCCUGAUCAGGAAACUUCAGCCAAUCCACAGUAGCCAGUUGAAGAGUCCCCAGUCCAACCAUUCAUUCCACAAAACUCCCGGGGACUCUCCUUCACAACUCAGUCCUGCCAAGAAUCUCUCCACGAAACGCCCAUUGCCCUCAGACCCAUCCAACGUUCAGACCCCCAAAAAACAAAGACUAUUAGACCAGUGUUUGCCUCUGCAGUCGCCCUCUCACGGAGACUACAGCACUAAUGGGACUCGUAGCUCCACCGGUCAUGGAAACUCCGGCGUGCAGAUCAAACUGGAGUUCGACAAAACCAACAAUCAUCACCAGGGGAGUCCAAAUCGCCUGUACUCGCCGCAUAAACUCAGCGGGACUUCUACUACUCCUAAAGUGGAGAGGACGGAGCCAGCCCCUACUCCACCCAGCUCCAAGCUCCCACACACCGACACAUCCAUUUGCACUGACCAGCAGUUCGCCAACGGCCAACACAAAAAGAAGAGGUCCAAAAAGCACAAAGACAAGGAACGAGAGCGCAUAAAACCGGACUGGAUUGAGACCAGUCCGGACCUGAAGCAGAACCAAGAAAAUCUUAAAGCCCAUGAGGGAGAGAAAACACCUGUCAAUCGAACCUCAGCAGAGGAACUUCCUGACUAUUUAAUAAAAUACAGCACCAUAAUGGCACUGGAGCAGCGUCAACAGUACAAGGAUGACUUCUGUGCCGAGUACGAUGAAUACAGAGCUCUUCAUGACCGGAUCGGGGCCAUCACAGAGAUGUUUGUUCAGUUGGGCUCAAAGAUCAACACCCUCUCACCGGGAACACAAGAGUACAAGCUUAUGGAGGACCAAAUACUACAAAAGUACCGGAAAUAUAAGAAAAAAUUUCCCGGUUAUCGGGAAGAGAAGAAGCGGUGCGAGUACCUCCAUCAGAAACUGUCGCAUAUCAAAGGCCUGAUCACAGAUUACGACCGAGCACAGGAACUCUCCUAGUAACUGGCCUCUGCCCUCAGCGGGGUGUCAUACAACUGGACCAAAAGACUCCUGACGGACACAAAGACUGCCCAGCCGGGUCCUGGAGUCGCGGAGACACUAUUCACUUUACUCCUCCGAGUGUCAGUGGAAUCGAGGAGCGAGGUUAUUCUUUUCAAAAGCGGGCUGAGACCACCGACUCGUGAUCAAACGUUGCCCUUUAACAUUAUGGCUUUUGACGCAGUUAUCGCUGUAACGGCUGGAUUUUUUGUUCUGCUGUAAAAUGGUCAGAUGACAAAGUGAAAGCCAAAUCUGUGGGGUUUUUUUCUUUUCUGAAAUGCAAAACAGAUGUGAUCCUUCCUGCUUGAUUGCAUUUCUAUUCUAUUCUUUAUCUUAUCAGAACUAAAAGAGAUGUUGAUUUAUAAAAAGUAUUAAAUUGAUGGUACAAUCAGUCGUAGGGGAAAAUAAAUGCUACUAAAGUCUUUAUAUUUAACACAGAGAAAAAUGUGUUUUUGCUGUUUGCUGACAGAAAGUCAAACAUUAACAGAAAUCAUUCAAUCACAUCAGUUAUUCAUUGAUCACAGUAUUAAUGAAUGUUCACGGUCGUGCCACGAUGACUGGCUGGCCACCUGCGAACACAUUUUAUCAUCCGUACGAAACCUGUAUUUCUGCAAGACUAAGACCCUUCAAGAAGUACGGGUGUCACGAUUUCAAUACCACGUGGAGAAUCAAUUGAAAUGAGCGUUCAGUUUGAAUUAUCGAAAUCAAAAUCAUGAUCGAUGAUUUGGCAGUAUUCUUUUCACUCCGUUCUCGCCUACUUGAGCGCAGUUUUUUGCAGUUAAAGAAGUUAGUAGUGACUCAUCAUUUUGUUCUCAUCUGACCUGUGAAAUAGUGUUAUUACAUUUUAGAGGUGCAACGUGCAAGAACUGGCCACCUGUCGAAUUCAUACUGAAAACAAUUAGGGGCCAGCACAUUGGUAGUGUAACCGCUAACUGCUGUCAGCUAGUUAGUCCAGUUAGCCGUGCAGCUAGCGGCCCCAAACUGGAGCUCGGAGCACCACUGGGAGUUUUUAAGUUUGCAUCACUAAUUAAAUAAAUAAGUAACAGAUGACAAGCAAGAGUCAGCAGUCUGAAACUGAAUUCAAUUAUGUGCGUAAAAUCGAAGGUCAGAUCAAAUCGUGAAGAAUUGUGACACCCCCUACUUCAAAGCUUCAUCUCAAGUAUCACUACAAAGAUGGCGUGACAAUUAAAACACAACAGUCAGGGUUGUUUGACAUCGCGCCACUGAAUCUGUGCUGAAGACCAGCUUCUUUGGGCUUUGAUCAUAAGGAAUUUUACCCGGUAGCUUUCCGCUAACGUCCUGUUUCAUUUCUGAGAAAUGUUGGAAUGCCACAACACCCUUCCUACCAGGCGCCAUAACGCCGGUCAGGACAGUGCUAGUGCACGUUUAGUGUCAAUCUCACCCACAUGUAGCCUACCAUGAACUGCCUUUUCUUUGUCACACUUCUCUUUUUUAUUUACUUUGCUGUAGAUAAAUGGUGACAAGUUGCUUCAUGGAACACUUGACAGGUCCAAACAUUGAGAUUUUCUGUGAUCUUUUCUUUGGGUUGAGGUCUUGAGGUGGGAUUUCGUUGCAAAAACAGUAACUCACUUCAGUGCGUGUGUUACAUGUUGAUAUAAUUCUGCUGGAUGUGACAGAGAUGCCUUUUAAUAAACUGGACUGUGUGAUGUUUUUAGCCCCGUGUGUGAAGCGUGGGGAGGAUGGCACUGUGGGUCGCUCGCUCGCUUCCGACCGCCUCGGUUGAGUUGGGUGUGAGGAGCAGGCCGACCUCUGGAGGCUGCUAGACUCACUCUAGACUUUCUGGAUUUAUUUGUACCAAGGCAGGUGCAUCUGAAUAACCACAACCUGUAAUUUCUUUUCACUUUAAUUUAGCUGGGGCCUGAAGUAGGAAGUAGUGAUCAGAUCUCAGUUUUUUUUUUUCCUCUGCAUCAAUGUAGCUGUGCUCACAACUGUUGUCUUUAUGGGAGAAUGAAGCUAAUAUUUGCCUUAAGGUGUAUGUUUAGACAUUUCCAAGAUUACUCCUUCCUCUGAAAUGUUCUUGCACAGUUCGAAAGCGUUCUCAAACCUUUUUCUGUAAAUGUCUUUUUAGUUCGAAGGAAAGUUCAGUUACUGGUUAGUUGUUGUGCAACAGUCGUCUCAUCUGUGUUUGGUCUUAUUUUUUGUCUUGAUCAUUUUUUUUCCCUGUUUUUAGCUUCAUUUGUUGUCUCAUAAUCUUUCAGAUAAUCAUGAACUGUAACGGUAUUUAAUUCAAUGUCUAGGUCCUGUCAAGCACCACUAUCAAAGGAAUCACUGCAAGAAUCUAAACAAAACAAUGUGCUUUGCCUCUCUUGAUUGCUCAAUGCAAAUCCUCACCGGGCUUAUUGUCACGUACUCUGCAGCUCUUUUGCAUAAGUAAAAUGUAAAUGUGUUUUUUUUUUUUUUUACAAUUGGUAUUCUGGGAUGUUUGAAGGAUUAGCAACAGUUGCUCUGUCUCGGCACAUAUGAACGUUUCCAAGAAAGGAAUAUUUAUCAGCACUGACUAUUGGGAAAAUUGAGAAUUGUAAGCCCAGACAAAUAUCAUCAAAGCUGCAAAGUUCCGGUACACAUACGCAAAUGUUUUCAUUGUUCUGGCUGUUUGGAUCUCUUCGAUGAAUCCUUUUGCCAAUAUGCAUUUUGUUUUGCUGAUGCCGGAUCAGCGUGCUUUGUUCUGGUACUGGAUCUGCAAAUCAUCUGAGUUCAGUUGUAUUCAAAGAGAAGAACACACGGCCUGCUCGGUUAAACAGAAUAAUUUAUUUACGUGUCACAUGAAUUUUCCAUUCAUCAGAUCAGAAAGGUACUGACAUUUUUCUUUUUUUUUUAAUGAUCACAGGAUGGAAAUGUCUAAAUAACAUGAUUUAGACCUCGCAGUCUUCAAUGUAAUAAUAAUUUCCAGAAGUAAUUCCAGUUAAGGGCUUUUCCAAUUGAACACUAAAGAAGUAUUGUAAUCAAACAAAUUGCAUCAUGGGUAAAAACUCCCUUUGGUUAAAUAUCAGUUUAAUCACAGUAUGAGGACAACUGUACCAUUCGUGUUGCUCUGUGGUGUUUUUGGUAAGCAGCCCCUCAGUGAAAAGGGCUUCUCAAGUGCUAACUGUGAUGUUUUUCUACUGUUGCAGGAGUUAACUACUGAAGGUGCCUUUUUCAUUCCAAGAGCAGAUUCCCCUGUAACUAUCAUUGGUAUUCUGGUGAAAGAAACAAAACACUUGGGCCGGCAGUAUUUACACAUCUGUAGUUUCACACUGUUGCCACUUUUCAAAGUGCUUUGUUCAUGAUUUUUUUCAGAUUUUGCCUUGUUAAAUGUGUAACGUGUAUCAGCACUGACAUGACAAAGUACAUUUUUUUUCCCCAGAACAUUUUAAGUGCAAAGGUUUUCCAGGACACCAAUGCAACUGCAUCUAAUGUUAGAAUUAAAAAGAAUGUCCUGGAUUGUGUUUUCCAUUUCCAGCCCAGCAAACAAUUUCUCUUUAAUUUGGUUUGUUGUGCCCCAGUGGAAAUGUGAAAUUAAACAUUUUUUUGCCAAUUUUAAAUGACUGCAAUCUACCUAGGAGAACAAAUUUCUUUUAUUUAUUGCUUUUUAUGUGUUUAUGUGUCUUUUACGGAUUCAUCUUUGCAUAGUUAGUUUUUUUUUUCUUUUUUU